AUGGAUGGAGAAAAUCAAACACAUGUUUCAGAAUUUAUCCUCCUGGGACUUUCAGAAGAGGUAUUACUGCAGCCUUUCCUCUUUGGAGUGUUUCUGUCCAUGUAUCUGGCCACCUUCACUGGCAACCUCCUCAUUAUAGUGGCUAUCAUCACUAUCCCUCACCUUCACACACCCAUGUACUUCUUCCUCUGUAACCUCUCCUUUGUAGACAUCUGUUUCACCUCCACCACCAUCCCAAAGAUGCUGCUGAACAUCCAGACUCAGAGCAAAAUCAUAACCUAUGAAGGCUGCCUCACCCAGAUAUACUUUUACCAUCUUUUUGGAGGCUUAGACAGCUUCCUCUUGACAGUGAUGGCCUAUGAUCGAUUUGUGGCCAUCUGCUAUCCCCUGCACUACAUGGUCAUCAUGAACCCCAAGUUCUGUGGUGUCCUAUUGGCUUCCUGGUUACUGAGUGCUCUUGUGUCUUUAUUGCAAGAUUUAAUGAUUUUACAACUUUUUUUCUGUACAGAUUUAAAAAUCCCUCACUUUUUCUGUGAACUUAAUCAGGUGAUCCGACUCGCUUGUUCUGACACCUUCUUAAAUGAUAUAGUCAUGUAUUUUUCCACUGGAAUUAUAGGUGCUAUUCCAAUAACUGGCAUUUUCUUCUCUUACUACAAGAUUAUAACCUCCAUUUUGAGAAUCUCAUCAGUUAGUGGCAAGUACAAAGCCUUUUCCACCUGUGGGUCUCACCUCUCAGUUGUCUCCUUGUUCUAUGGUACAGCCUUUGGUGUGUAUCUCAGCUCUGCUGCUACUGAAAAUCCCAGGAAUGGUGCAAUAGCCUCAGUGAUAUACACUGUGGUGACUCCAAUGCUGAAUCCCUUCAUCUAUGGUCUGAGGAACAGAAAUAUGAAGCAAUCCCUAGAAAAACUCUUUACAUGA